UUACAUAAAUAUCCAGUAAUAAAUCAACUUUCAGGUGAAUGUUGCCUUUCGGUUCGUUUUCGUACUUUCGCUUUAAUUUUUUUUUGUCAAUAAAGACGACGUGGAAAGUGCCAAAGUGAAUUCAGCUGCCUGGAUUCCUUUAAAAACAACAACUUGCAGUGCAGCAGGAUUUCACGGUCCUGACUCAGACAGAGUUUGUUCAAUCUUUAAACCGCUCAGGAGGACUCUGCACCUCUGACCAGAGGAAUGGCGUUGUUUCUGCUCGGAGGACGUUUCUCUAAAUGCAGAGUCCACAUCCAGAGAGCCAUGACAGCCGUGCAGCCGUACUGCUCCUCAGUGGCUUCAGGCCGGCAGCAUGUUAAUGGAGUGGAUUUGUACUACGAGCAGACAGGCAGAGGGAAACAUGCUGUGCUGUUGAUUCCUGGUGCUCUGGGGAGCACAAGGACAGAUUUUGCUCCUCAACUCAAGUCUCUCAACAAAGAACACUUCACCGUCGUUGGCUGGGAUCCCCGUGGUUAUGGACAGUCCCGACCCCCCGACAGAGACUUUCCCUCGGACUUCUUUGAGCGAGAUGCAAGGGAUGCAGUGGAUCUAAUGAAGGCUUUGGGCUUCAGAAAGUUUUCUCUGCUGGGGUGGAGUGACGGAGGAAUCACCGCUCUGAUCGCAGCAGCAAGAAACCCAGACCUGAUCAACAAGAUGGUCGUAUGGGGGUCCAACGCCUUCGUUUCCCAGCAUGACCUGGGGCUUUACGACGCGGUCCGCGACGUCUCCAAGUGGAGCGCGAGGAUGAGGCAGCCCAUGGAGGAGGUGUACGGAGCAGAGGUGUUUGCUAAAACCUGGGAGGCCUGGGUGGACGGUAUCGCACAGUUUGCAAAAAGACCAGAAGGGAGCAUCUGCAUGGAGCUUCUGCCCCUCAUCACCUGUCCAACCCUCAUCAUUCAUGGAGAGAAAGACCCCAUGGUUCCCAGCUUCCACCCACAGCACCUCCUGAAACACAUCAAAGGGUCGCGAUUACAUCUGAUGCCUGAGGGUAAACACAACCUCCACCUGAGGUACGCUGAUGAAUUCAACAAACUGGUGGAAGACUUUCUGAAAGACUGACUGAUACAGUGAAACAAACAGAAACAGGGCGACUAAUAUUUACACUGGUCUAAUUUUUACCCUGUUUUUGAUGCAUUAAUUGUUCAAUGCUGCUUAUUUACAUAAUAUUUUUACUGUCAAUUCCAGUGUAAUUUUUUUCUAUGAUUAAAUCUCUGAAGGAGAAA